AUGAUACAACUACCACCGAAUUGUCACCCAAUUCAAUAUGGAUGCCAUGUGACCAACAUCAGUGCUCACGAAGCCUGCCCGUCGUUCCACCAAGUCCAGUGGAGACCGGCGGCGGACAAUCGCUAUGAUGGAGUUCUUUGCGGCUAUCCGAUGGCCUUCUUCACGACAUCGCUCGCAUUUAAAUGGCCGUAUAAUGAACUAGCGAAAGACAUCAUCGAGCUCGUUUGGAAGUACUCGGAAUGGCUGGUCGGGUCGGAUCAGUUUGUUGAGUCGAGCGCAUUCUACCGCGAGAGAUUUACGCCAAAGAUGAUCCAGAUUGUACAUUGCAAGGCGACACACGGAACGCCGGCUAUUGCUUGCAAUUGCUGUUGCGAGCAUUGGGAUGUGGUUGGGAAGAUUCAUGGAGAUUUCCGGGACGUUUUCGACGAGGACGCCAUCAUCACAACCAUCCUUGAUAGAUUCGAGUCGGCUACCCAUCAUUACUUC